GGGCUCCUUCUCCGCGCCUUCGGGCUCCAGGGCUGCCGAGCGCCCGGGACGCCGCCGCCGCCGCCUCUCCCUCCUCCUCUGCUUCCUCCUCGGCCCUGCCGACUGCAGACUGAGCGCCGGCCACGCCCUCCCACUCAUGGCGUCACAAGAGCCCCCCUCCGGCGGGGAGGGGCUGCGCAGACGUCAUCCGGGGCGCCCGCCGGGCCUCGCUGUCGUCAUCCGAGCGCGCCGCUUCGGCGGAGGAUCCUCCUGGGUCCCCGGGCGGCGCAGGAUGCGGCUGGCGGCGCUGCUGCGGGCGGCGGGCGGCGGGGGCGGCGGCGGGAGCUGGCGGGAGCGCUUCGAAUGCGGCGGCCGCGACGUGGCGCGCUGGUUCCCCGGGCACAUGGCUCGAGGGCUGAAGGACAUGAGGAAGAGCCUGCGCGCCGUGGACGGCCUGCUGGAGGUGCACGACGCCCGCAUUCCACUUUCCGGGCGGAAUCCUGUCCUGAAGGAGGUCCUGGGAAUCCGUCCACAUUUGCUGGUGUUGAAUAAAAUGGAUUUGGCAGAUCUGACCCACAAGUCGAGAAUUCUGGAACUAUUGGAAGAGCAAGGUUUGCAGCACGUUGUCUUCACUGAUUGCUUAACAGACGAAAAUAUCAAGAAGCUUGUUCCCAUUCUCACAGGACUGAUCAAAAACAGUCAGCGUUAUCAGAGGGCGGAGAAUGUGGAUAACAACAUCAUGGUGAUCGGUGUGCCGAAUGUGGGGAAAUCCUCAGUCAUCAAUUCACUGAGAAAGCUACACCUCAGGAAAGGAAAAGCCACGCCGGUUGGUGGGGCACCAGGUAUAACCAGAGCGCUUCUGACCAGGAUCCAGGUGUCUGAAAAGCCCCUCAUGUACUUGCUGGAUACUCCUGGGGUGCUGUCUCCCCAAAUUGAGUCCAUUGAGACAGGGCUGAAGCUGGCACUAUGUGGAGCAAUUCGUGAUCACCUGGUGGGAGUGGAGGUCAUUGCUGACUACCUUCUGUAUGUGCUGAACCAGCAGCAGCAAUUCAGUUACGUGGAGCGUUACGGGCUGAGUGGCCCCUGCGAUGAGGUGGAGAGUGUACUCAGAAGCAUAGCACGGCAUCUGGGCAAGGUGCAAAAAGUCCAGGUCCUGACUGGCACAGGUCUUGGAGCUGAUAAAUUAAUAAGAUAAAUCAGGGCAAAGGUCCAUUUGGAGCAGCAUUGCGUGCAACACGGGAUCCAUUCAGCUGCAUCGGGGAAAAGUUCAUCGCCAGGGAAAGCCGCUGUGUCUUCUCUCUCAUCGCUGGCAUUGAAGACGCGUCUCUUGUAUGUAAUGUAAAAUUCAUGGCCAUCAAGUCUAAUAGCUCUACAAAUUUGUCUAAUCCGUUUUAUAAUCUUCUCAAGAGCCGUCAUAAUAUCUGAGGGCAGCAAAUGUCGUAUUAACCACGCAAAGCUGUUUAUUGGACCUGAAUCUCCCUGCUGAAUUUCUGAAAAGACUGGCAGAUUUUCAAAACCACGGUGGUCCGGUUGAAAGGAGAUGGCUGACCCAAUUAGCUGUUUCCCCAAAAUGAAUUUUUAGUGGCCUUUGAGGGCAGAAAUCUCCCAGCCGAAAGACGACUAAGACAUUUUUAGCAUCCCCCAGCUGUUCCAAGGGCAUUUGAGAAGAUUUUCCACAGGAAAUAAAAUCACAUUCAUACCAACAACCACCAUGGCGUCCAGCUUGGCACCCAGCCCUUUCUGUCCUCGACCCUCGCCACCUUCUGCCUACUUGAAGAACUCGGCUGCCUCUGGGUGAUUCAGCCGUUUGCACCAAUAUGGCAACUGCCCCCUUCAGCCACUUCAGGACACAAAGCUUCUUAGGCUGCUUGUGUGUGACAGGCUGGGCUCCCCCCCCCCCCACCGUUUUGGCCAAAAGAAGAGCCACCUGCGGCAGGCCGAACUCUCUCAGUUCAAGGCUGACAAGGAAACAGGAUUGAAUUAUAACUGAUAUUUCCCCAUAGUAGCCUUGAACAUGAUAGAUGUUAAUACUGAUGAUAUUUUGCUUUUGCUCAAGAUAGCAGACGAGGUAUUGUCCCCUCACUUGAACCUCGCAGUCACUUUGUGAUCUAUAAUUUGGCCUCAAGAGAAAGGAGUGGCCAAAAAUUGUCCGUGGUUGAGUCCGACUUGCGUCGGGCUCUUCCCUGUCCAGCACAUU